AUGGCACGGGCUAUUCAAAGGCUGGCACAAAUCCAAAACGGGCUGUCAACGCCCGUUGUCGUGGCGGAACAGGUCCCUUCUCAGCAGGAUGCAGAGAAGCUUUGGAAGCCUCGACAGCGGCCUUUCAAUUCAUCUCCUCCGGUCAAGGCUAUUAUCGUUGGAGCAGGGAUAGCGGGCGUUGCUGCUUCGAUUUUGAUUCCCCGGAAAGUGGCCAAUUUGUCUUACACUGUGUACGACCGACAAGAUGCUGUGGGUGGGACUUGGGCCCAGAACCGAUAUCCAGGCGUGAGGUGUGAUAUUCCAUCUCACACUUACCAACUCACCUUCGCUCCCAAUACUCGCUGGUCGGAGUACUAUUCCCCUGGCUGGGAAAUACGCGAGUACUAUGAAGGACUCGUAAAGGAAUACGGAGUGGAUAAACAUCUCCACCUGAAGCAUGAAGUUCUGUCCGCGAUCUGGUCUGAUGACCUCCAUCAAUGGGAGGUCAAGAUCAAAAAUCUUGUUUCCGGAGAGGUGUUCACUGACACAGCGCACUUUUUUAUCUCGGCUUCCGGAAGGUUGAACGUGCCCAAGUUUCCCAACAUUCCAGGGCUCGAGACAGAUUACAAAGGCACUCUUGUGCACACUUCUCAGUGGACCGAUGAUCUGACUCGAGCAGUGGAAGGUAAGCGUCUGGCCGUCAUAGGCAACGGGGCCAGUGGACAACAAUUUUUAGUCAACAUUUUCAACAAACCUGCACACAUUGAUCAUUAUGUGAGGUCGAGGCAAUGGAUCGUCCCAUCCAUCGGUCUGAACCUGAUCCCAGCGACCGCUGAUCUUCUUGGAGCAUACAUCUUCACAGAAGAAGAGAAAGAGAAAUUCGAGAAAGACCCCAAAGCUUAUCUUGAAUACCGACGGGCGCUGGAGAAGAAUUUCCACGGAAGAUUUGAAGGAUCUGUCUCUGGCAGCGAGGAAAACGACAAGAUAAGACAGAAAUACACAGAGGCGUUGUGGGCCCGAGUUGGCGGCGACAAAGCCUGGUUCGACCGGCUGCUUCCUGACUUUGCCCCAGGGUGUAAACGGCCAACGCCAUCAGCUGGAUACGUUGAAGCAAUCCGAAGUCCUAAAGUAGACUAUGUGGACACCGAGAGGAUCACACACGCUACCGCGGACGGACUGGUGACGGAAGAUGGAAAGGAGAGAAAGGCUGAUAUCGUUGUUGCCGCUACCGGCUUCAAGAAUGGCUUCCUCCCCCUGUUUCCUACCGUUGGGAAGAAUGGGCUGGACCUAAGCAGAUACUGGGCAGCUGAUGGACCUAUUGGAUAUCCGAAGACAUACUUUGGUGUUAUGGCGCCCAAUGUUCCAAACUACUUUGCAGUGGUUCAGGCAAAUACCAAUGGUGCCGGUGGCUCCUUCCCUCUCCAGGCCGAGAUCUCUGCGACCUACAUUUCAAAGGUUAUUCGAAAGGUGCAGUCUCAAGGUUACAGAGCCAUUUACCCGUCUCAGGAAGCAACCGAUGACUUCAACGAGAUCGUUGGCGCCUACUUCGACGAUAAAGUUAUCGGAGACGACUGCGACGGUUGGUGGAAGAGCGGCCCUGGGAAAUCUCGACCUUUGGUUCCGUGGCCUGGAACUGGUCAUCACCGAUUCGACAUAAGUCGAGACCCUCGCUGGGAGGAUUUCGUCUUUGAGAGAUCCGAAGAGGCCCAGCGUAACAGGUUCGAAUAUUUUGGGAAUGGAUGGACGGAGCGCGAGAAGAAUGGGGAUGAAGUCACCUUGACGAGAUACCUCAAGGAGGUGGGCAAGAUUGACCUAGCGACUCUGCACGAGAACUGGAACGAUUGA